CACCAGCACGUUGGGGAUCUCAGCGACACAGGCGGCGUGUCGAGACGGCUAUCAUCUCCAGAGCACCGCCGUCCGUUUCGUCGCGGACCGUCUCACGGCCAAGGCUACUUAAGGGGGCUCCGGUCACCGGGAUCGGCUUUUCUCUUUGUGGCGUUACAGGCGGGCUCGCCCGUCAUGAAGGUCCUCGUCGCGGUGGCGCUCCUGCUGAGCGCGGAAGCUGUGACAGGAUUCGAGAAUGGCAAGGAGUACGUGUACAACUACGAGGGAAAGAUUCAAACGAUCAACCUCGAUCAGCCGCGGCAUUCCAACGGGUUCGCUUUCCGCAGCAAAGUAUCCCUGCAGCCCAAAGGUGAUCUCACGUAUUUCAAGGUCUCGGACUUCGUAGUCGAUCUGUUCCACGCUGAGACGAUUGACCUGAAGACGCACACAUUCAACUAUCAACCGCACGAACAGCUGACCAACUACCUGGAACGACCCUUCGCCGCUGCAUUCAAGGAUGGCAGGUUCGAGCACGCUGAGCUGGGCAAGGACGAGCCCCUUUGGUCUCACAACGUCAAGAAGGGCCUCAUCAGCCUGUUCCAACUGGACCUGUCCAAGCGAAGCCAGAUUAACCCACUGGGAAACGAGUUCGUCGUGGCUGAGGAUGGUCUCAACGGUCAAUGCCAGACCACUUACGUCGUGUCGGAGGGAGGUGAAGGCCUGGAGGUGACCAAGAUCAAGGACAUCGAGAAGUGCGAACAGCGACCGUACCACUUCACGGGAACGCUCAAGGGAAAACCAUGCACCAACUGCAAGUCUCAGAAAUGGUUGCCGCUCACAAUGACGUCAGAGGUUAAGUACCGCUUGAAGGGCACGAGAGAGCACUACGUCAUCGGCUGUGCCUGCGGAACAUCCGACCAAGUGCUCGCACCUUACGGAGACGGCAAGAAAUUCCACGUGCAAAUCAACAACACGGCUACGCUUGUCGGGGAACACGACAGUGCUGCUGAGAUAGCGCUACCCGAGCUCGAAAGCCACCAGCGGCUGUCGCACGUUUUUCCCAAGGCAGAGGACGCAGUCACGGGCCUGGAGCUGCACGCACCGAACCACUACGUCCAUGAAUUCGGACUCACCGGAAGCAGAGAAACUUUCAUCGAGGGACUGAAGAGGCUGGCAGCUGUCGAGUACAGCGACGAGGACUACAAGAACAUGCGUGACAAGCCGAGCGCCAGCAUGCUCUUUCUGCAGCUGUUCUCAAACAUGCUGACCCUGACGUACGACGAGAUAUCCGACAUCUACAACCAGCACGUUCUCAACGCGCCCAACGGAGCCAAGAAGCACAUCAGGAAUGCGUUCCUCGACCUACUGGCGGCCGCAGGCAACAACCCCCACAUCUCCUUCGCUCUGAAGCUCAUCAACGCCGGCCAGCUUAGCACGGACGAAGCCGACCGCUUGCUGCUUAAGCUGCCCAACAAUCUCAAGGAAUUUAGUGUGGCAGUCGUGAGCGAGCUAGCCAACGUUUGCCACUCGGAGUUUGUGACUGCGAGUGAGUCGCUGCGAUCAACGUGCAUCCUGGCUGUGAGUGCCCUGUCAGGUGGAGCCAGAUGCAACCGGGCCACCAAUCUGCUCGAGGAUGACUCCGGCCUGUGCUCGCCACACAUUGUCGAGCUUUUCUUCAACUACUCGGUGACGCCGGAAGAAGUGCGGUCCAGGUCUGAGCAGCGGGUGGCUUACUACAUCAACGCAGCGGGCAACCUGGCCACGUCGGGGGCGGUGCGCUACCUGCAGCGCUUCGCCGACUCGCGACACAACCAGCCCGUCACGCGCAGAACGGCUGCCCUGUGGGCCCUGACGCGCGCGGCGCCCCUGAACCCGAGCCUCGUUCGUUCAAUCGUGCUGCCCAUCUACGAGAACACGAGCGAGCCGCACGUCGUCCGAGCAGCAGCCUUCGUCAACAUCAUCCUGAGCAAUCCGGACCUCUUCAUACUGCGCCACAUAGCGCGAAGUCUGAUCGACGAUCCUAGUGACCACCUCGUCUCCUACGUCAGCAGCGCCCUACGUGCCGUUGCCGACUCCAAGUUCCCCUGCCUUCAGGACCUGGUGGAGAAGCUGCGCUACGUACUUCCACUGUGGGACAACGUGCCACGGCUCUCCAAGCCAGUGGACAUCACGAGGUCUGCCAUUUACGCUAGUUCUGGAUACAACCGCAAGUACGACACCGGCAGCCUGAGCGUCCUGUCAAUCAUUCGCUCCGAGGACAGCUUCCUGCCGCACAGCGUCUACGCCGGCACCCAGGCGUACGCGGCUGGCAACGUAUACGAGGUGUUCGCACUGAGCUUCGAGCAGUGGGGACUGGACAGGCUGGUGAACGCACUGUUGGGACCGCAUCCGGGAUCCACGAGGAACCUGUGGAACGUUCUGGGCAGGCGGCGCUUCACUAGGAGCGAUUCGGAGACGAGCCGCAAGCACGUCGAGCAGGCGCUUCCCAUCGCCGACCGCGAUUACGAGCCAGUGUACGGACGGCUCAACCUUCAACUCUUUGGCCACACUGUGAAGCUGAUGCAUUUCGACGAGUCAGCUCUCGCAGCGGUACAGUCUAACGAGCCCCCGGCGGCUGCGUUGGGCCACGUGCUCGGGGAGGAGGAACACUCGAAGCAUUUCUACCUCGUCGAAGACCUGAUCGUCCUAGUGCCCACCGAAGUUGGCUUCCCCACUUAUUUCGACAUCAAGACGGCCGAGUUCACCUACGGCAACCGGGCUAAGCUGGACUUUGAGCACACCGAGGACGGCAAGUUCGUGGUGGACUUCAAACGGCACUUUGUGCACGAGACCCGGUCGUACAAGAUGCUCGGCAUUGCGCUCACCUUCAACCGGACGUCGCUGGGCUCGGGAUACGAUUCGCGCCAGCUGUUAUCGCUGCCCCUGGAGCUGCAGCUCACCCUGGACCCGGUGCACCGCAAGCUGAGCGUCAAGCGACACGUGUCGCCUCCCGUCGAUCUGUUCAACUACCACUUUGUGCCGUUCACCUUCCAGCUUCCGUACGAUCGCAGCUCCAUCGAGGAGCCCACGUCGCUGCCAGGAUUCGCGCUUCACAACAUCGACGACCUCUACUUGUUCGACAGGACCUACCUGAACGGCUCCAUAGGAGCGUCCGUAAACUUCCAAGGAUACGCGCUCAAGAAGGACCUCAAGGCGAACCUGCGAGAGUUCUUUCACGGCAUGGACUUCAGGGAGAAGUUCGAGUACCUCAUCGUCAACCCACGUUGGAGUCCGCGGGCUUUCCGCAUGCGGAUCCUUCCGGCUGAUCCCGACCCCGUGAAUUUGAUAGAGCUGGACUUGUCUCACCACUUCUACAAGCCGGAGGACGCGGAGAGGGUGACGCAGUUCGGCCUGGAAGACGUGCCCACCUCGGAAGGCGAAGAGCGUCCGUACACGCACGCGCUGCUGGGAAGCCUAGCCUACAGGGGCGGCAGCUGGGAGAAGAAGCUCUCGUGGGAGCUGCGGUACUCAUUCAGCAAGGACCUGUUCCGCCACAAGCUGCUGUUCUACUACGACAGGCAACCCUUCGCACCAUCCGAGCAUAACCACACAAAGGUAUGCCUCGAGGCUUCCGCCAAGUUCCCGAAGCCGGACGCAGCGAGGCUUGGUGAAGUCGCGGCCUUCCACCAAGGAAAAGAGAUCCAUGCAUUCGCGAAGCUCUACUACGGCAGCAACUGCGUUAACGACGCUUCGGUUUACUUCAACGGCAAGUACACGCACACCGACGAAGACGCCAAGGACAUACAAGCCAACGCAGCUGGUGCUGCGCUUACUUCCAAGCGAGUUAGCAGAUUGCGAGAACUGCACGCGAAGUGCUCGAAGGAGAGGGAGCAAGGAAUUCCGCUGGGUCACCACUGCCUCCACUAUCUGUACCGCAGCAGCCGCCUCGGAAAGCUCAUCCUCGACGUGCAGUACAGGAACCCGAAACCGCUACUUCCGCACAUGCUGCGGCGUUACCUGGCGUACACGAGGCCUCACAGCGUAAACCCGGGCUUCCUGAGCAUCGUCUUCUCGCACAUGACCGCACCGUCUGGCGAGCUUCACGUCGAGUCCCAAGUGCCGGUUUCCGCGAAGAAGCCGCACGCCGACGUGGUGGUCACCGAUCCCAGUGGACACUCGCACCACUACGACAACGUGCCCUUGAAAACGCACCUGUUGGAACCGCACAUUUUCUACGGCUUCCGCUACACCAACUUGGCCGAGUACUCGCCCUACUACCGGCACCGGCACUGUGACGUUCAAGGCCACAGCGUGAGGACUUUCGACGGCGUCAUUGUAGACUUGCCCAAGACUGACUGUUACACGGUGGUCGCCCGAGACUGCUCUGUCAACAGGAGGUUCGUCGUCUUGGCAAGGGAACUGCCAAAUCAAUCUUUCGCAAGGGUGCUGAAGAUAUACAUACACAACACGGAAAUCGAGGUCCUGUCAGCGGGCGAAGGAGACCUGGCCGGGGUCAACGUGGACGGAGUCGCGGUAGCCGUCAGCGACAGCGAAACCUACACCCACACAGUCGCAGGCGCUGAACUGUUCACGGUCUCCAAGGAGAUCGGCAUGUACGAGUUGCUCUCCAAGUCUUACGGACUGGACGUCUUCUUUAACAGCAAAGUACUGUUCGUUCAGGUCGCGCCUUUCUACCGGGGCAAGCUCUGCGGUCUGUGCGGCGACUACAACUACGACAGGCAGCACGAACUCGUGGGCUCCAAUCUUCACCUGUACAAUGACACCCUUAGCUUCGCCAAGAGUUACGUGGUGCCCUCAGGACAUUGCACCCCACCCUGAACUCUUGGCUUCGUACCCAAACAUCACCGGUCAGCCACAGGCGGAGGGCAUUCUAAAGGGGCAUCAAAACACGCGCGUGAAAUAUGCGAGUGACAUAGAAAACGCAUGGACAAAUGUUCGUCCUGUAUUUUAACGUUACAUCAUAAAAUCGAGCAGUUCGCCUUCCUUUAUCGUCGGGGUUAGUCAAUUCAUCGAGGAAAACGUCACCGCUGCCGUCGACAUCGGAGUGGAAGGUUUCAAUAGUGACACAGAUGUAACACUGCCAGGGAUUGGUACGUUUCACUGAAGUUUCGCGUACUGAUCAUUCCCAUGCCGCGGUAGUGGUGUUGCGCUCCCAGAAGAUGUAUUACAAGACAGUAUUGUUUAUAUCUUGCUGGCCUGUUUAUUUGAGAGAAGGGAUGCAGCCGGAUUAAAACGUGCAGAGAUGAGAGGAACUGAAAGGAUCGACAGAUAACAAUUG